AGACGGUCAGCCAAACCGGCCACAGGCAGGCACUGAACAGCUGACUGGCUUGGAAAUGCUACAAGGCACAGAGCAUCUGAGCUCGGCUGCGAUCUCCCUCACAGUAUAAAUCGCCCUGCUCAGUGUCAGCACUCAUUCUCUGUCUGUGUGUGUGUGCGUGUAGACAGCCACAGUGUGCUCUCUGAACAUCGCACCGACUGUUUGCUUCUCUCAGUCAAUCACCUGGCUGCCAGGCGCUUUGCUCUACACUGUAUACAGUGUGGAACAACCACUCCCCUCCUCUGACACUCCGUUCGCUCUUUCCCCAGCCACAGCCGGCUCGCAGCCUUCUUCCCAGCUCCAGGCACAGCGAGGCCAAUCGUCCGGGCGGGCACGUCCCGUACUAGCCCAAGACUAUGUUGUUCCUCGCCGGAUCGUCUACUGACAAGUUUCGUGUUUGAUGAGAAUGUCAGUCAGCAUGCACGAGAAUCGGAAAUCAAGAGCUAGCAAUGGCUCAAUGAAUAUUUACCUCUUCCACAAAGCUACAUAUGCCGACAGUGUUCUUAUGCACCUGAAUCUUCUACGACAACAGAGACUUUUCACAGAUGUCCUCCUCCAUGCAGGAGAAAAGACCUUUCCAUGCCACAGGGCUGUGCUGGCUGCGUGUAGCCGAUAUUUUGAAGCUAUGUUCAGUGGAGGAUUACGUGAGAGCAAGGACAAUGAAGUAAACUUCCAUAAUUCAAUACACCCAGAGGUUCUGGAGCUCCUCCUAGAUUAUGCUUACUCAUCUCGAGUUCUUAUUAAUGAAGAAAAUGCAGAAUCCCUUCUGGAGGCUGGGGAUAUGCUGCAGUUCCAGGAUAUCCGUGAUGCUUGUGCAGAAUUCCUGGAGAAAAAUCUCCAUCCGACGAACUGUCUUGGCAUGCUGCUGCUCUCUGAUGCCCAUCAUUGCACCAAGCUUUAUGAGCUGUCCUGGAGAAUGUGCCUCAGCAACUUUCCAACAAUCAGCAAGAGUGAAGAUUUCCUGCAGCUGCCAAAGGACACAUUGGUGCAACUUCUCUCUAGCGAAGAGCUGGAGACAGAAGAUGAGAAGCUUGUGUAUGAGACCACCAUAAAGUGGGUGAAGUAUGACGUGAAUAGGCGCCACUGUUGUUUGCCAGAACUGUUGCAAACGGUUCGAUUGGCUCUGCUACCAGCUGUUUAUUUAAUGGAGAAUGUGGCCAUGGAAGAGCUUAUAACCAGGCAGAUGAAGAGUAAAGAGUUGAUUGAAGAGGCAAUACGUUGCAAAUUAAAGAUUUUACAGAAUGAUGGAGUGGUGACAAGCCUUUGCGCCAGACCUCGUAAAACAGGUCACGCCUUGCUGUUGCUUGGAGGACAGACUUUCAUGUGUGACAAAGUUUAUCUAAUAGACCAUAAAGCAAAGGAGAUCAUUCCAAAAGCAGAUAUUCCCAGCCCCCGCAAAGAGUUUAGUGCAUGUGCAAUUGGCUGCAAGGUAUAUGUGACUGGGGGGCGUGGGUCAGAAAAUGGCGUGUCCAAAGACGUUUGGGUUUAUGACACUCUUCACGAAGAGUGGUCAAAAUCUGCUCCAAUGCUUGUUGCGAGGUUUGGACACGGAUCUGCUGAGCUGAAGCAUUCUUUGUAUGUGGUUGGUGGACACACUGCAGCCACAGGACGGCAGCCAGCAUCACCUUCAGUGUCUCUCAAACAAGUGGAACAGUACGACCCAGUGACCAAUAAGUGGGCAAUGGUGGCCCCUCUUCGAGAAGGUGUCAGCAAUGCAGCUGUGGUUAGUGCCAAGCUGAGGCUGUUCGCCUUUGGUGGUACUAGCGUGAGCCAUGAUAAACUGCCCAAAGUACAGUGCUACGACCCAUGCGAAAAUAGAUGGACUGUGCCAGCUACCUGCCCUCAGCCGUGGAGGUACACAGCUGCAGCUGUGCUAGGCAACCAGAUUUUUAUCAUGGGUGGGGAUACUGAAUUCUCAGCAUGUUCUGCAUAUAGGUUCAACAGUGAGACUUACCAGUGGACCAAGGUUGGGGAUGUGACUGCGAAGCGAAUGAGCUGCCAUGCUGUAGCCUCUGGUAAUAAACUCUACGUAGUCGGGGGCUAUUUUGGCACACAGAGAUGUAAAACACUAGACUGCUAUGAUCCUACUUUGGACACAUGGAAUAGCAUAACUACUGUACCAUAUUCAUUAAUUCCGACAGCAUUCGUUAGCACAUGGAAGCAUCUUCCUGCAUAGAAGAAGAAUUCUUCAAUAUUUCAUAGGACUCCCGAUAUGAAGAUUUUGCAUACUGUGAAGCAACGCAACUUAAAUGAAGAACAUAAAACCUUCUGCAUCUGUUAGAGCUAAAAUAAUUUGGUUUCAGCAACCAGCACCUAUUCUGAUGUGAAGAAAAUAAUUUGGUUUCACAUACACUUAUUCUUCAUGAUGAUGAAGUGAUUUCUGAAUACGGAUUGAUUGCCAGAUAAAUCGUGGACUCAUGGCAAUAUUAUUUGACUCCUCCAAAAGUUAAGACUUCUCAAUUUGCUGCUGCACUGUCUAUAGUCUUAAUUAAUUUCCAGCAUUUAUAUAUGAAACGUUAAAUGGCUGUCACCUUGUCUUUGAAAGGCUGGCACCCGCUGUGAGAAGUGGGCAGAUUGUGAAGGGUUUGGAUGCCGGAUUAUUCACAGUCUCCCCAGGUCUUCAUUAAUGGGACCAGGGAUCUGGACAUUGUUGCUGGCACUGCCUAGGGCAACAAUUACCCUGCUUCUGGAGUCUAUUGCUGUCGGGCAGGCAAAACCGUUCAGGCUGGGCAGCUGCAAAAAUUCAAAUGAAUCAUUAAAGGUUAACUUUACGAUAAGAGAGAGGAGGAGAAAAGCAUGACCUGAGGAUCAGCGAUACUGCUUUGAUAUGAGUCUGUUAUUUAUGAUUACCUUUUUGUAGGAUAUUUAUUGUUAAUGAUGUUACUUGCACAUUGAAAUGACAAGUAUUCAUAAAGUGUAUUUUGUGUUUGAGAGUUAUUUGCACACUUGUUUAGCAGGAGAAGGGGUGUGUUGGGGGCACUGGGGAGGGCUGAAUACAUGUCCAUUCUCUAUCACAUUAAACUGGCAAGUGUAAAGCUGCAGUGAAGGGGAGGGGAAAUUUCCAAUCGGAAACGAGAUGAGUACAAAAGCUAGUUCUUAAAUUACACUGGACAGAGGCAGUGAGGUCACUUUCUCGCCUGUACCUCACCAGUUUUGCAUGGUGUAGUUUUGAACAUAUGUCCUUGUAUCACUAAGCUUCCCAGCACUUACAGUACUUUGAAAUAAAUACUAUUUAGAACAUGCAAAUUAAUCUUGGAGCAUGUAAAUGUACAAAUGUGUACAGACUUCAUGUCAGCUGAGCCCAACCCAGGCCAUUUCUUUAUGCAGUCCCUUUUUACACACAAUUAUCUUGAAUCAGUGAGAGUGAAAAUGAUCACAGCUGCAAACAGUUUUUGUUGUGAUCCAAAGGUCAAUGUUUCCUGGUAGGCACAGGCUAGAUGAGAGACUGGAGGAAGUUAUAGUUUGGAAGAUUGAAAUUUUGUAGAAUUUAGUAAAGGAUUUCUGAUUGGCAUACCUUAUGUAUGCAGGAUUAACAUGCUGUGCUACAACAGGCCGAUAUUAAUCCAUUUAAGAUAAACGAGUCAAUGCCCGUCAUACCCUUAACUAUCACAAAAUGCAGUAUGAUCAUGUUAAUUCUCCACACUUGCAAUCAGAAUUUCUGCCCCUUUUCUUUCUAAAGCACCAUUUUUCCACAAGUUAAGUGUUAAAGUAAAGGAUGAGGCCUGUAUCUGAAAAUCCGAACAAAGCAUUCAGUAACGGUUGUUAUUUUAUAAGUGGAACUAUUUAUUUGAUCGUUACAGUAUUGUUUCAGUGACAUUUUUUUGAAGAAAUUUGUUGUGAAGAAAUAAUUCUUGAAACUGUUAGAUGAACACUGAAAUUUGACAACAUAAUACACCCAGUGCCAAUUAAUCGGCCUCUAAAAAGGAGCUUGACUUAUUCACUAUCCUAACUGUGUAUGUUGGAUAUAAACUAAACAUUCAUGAUUGAUCCUAUCAGUUGAUAAAUGCACAACACAUUUUGGAAUUGAGCCCAACAAACUGACAAGAGUUUAGAUUUCUGGUCUAUUUGGAGACAUUUGGGCCUGGGUGGUUUGGGGGUGGGGAUACGUAAUGAUAAAGGUCCUAAUAUGUGUUUUGAAGUAACCAUUAAUUGGAGUAGGGAGUGGACCAUUGCUCAUGAUCCUGCUGGUGAUCUUUAAGCAGUGAUCCCUGUUGCAGGGUUUUAGUGUGAUCGUUUUUGGAGUCGGGGGGGAGUGGAAUGGCAUGAAAGGCGUUGGGUCAGUAAUGAUGCAUGCACUGCAUGGUUGAAGUUCAUCCGUGAAGAGUAGUCGUUUUUGGCCAAGGUCUAGUUAUAGUCAGUGAACAUUUAUCAACAUGAGUUCUCGCCUUUAGAGGACUGGAGAAAAUCAUGUUGUGGGGGAGGAAGAGAGUUGAUAAAGUGAAUAAAGCUAAUAAGUGAUGGAUUAAAUAGAUGUUUUGUUUGUGAAGUGGAAUGAUAAUAUAGUGGUGGAUGUUUAAUGUUUUGGUGUACUUCAUUUGUCUAAAAGAGCUGGAUAUCGAACUCCAAUUUCCUUAUAAAUCAGCAAAAUCAAAAUUUUUCACAUGAUGCAGUUGAGAAAAAAAAUACAUUAUGCAUAUUUUUGAACACUGAGGCAGGAAUAGCAAUCAUUUCUGAAAUGUUUGUUGAAGACUAAAGGCCCUUGAAUAAUAGCAAAGAGAAGGUAACUAAAAGCAGGGUGGGCCUCAGGCUCUGCAGGGAAUGUUCUGGGCUCCCAGUUUUUGAAUUGAUGUGGAAAUUUUGCUUGCUGUUUGACAACUGGGGAUCUGCAAAAACACCACACAGUCUGAACAAAAUGCACUCCACAGCAGAGUGCACACACAAAGUUGGCGUAAGACAAGGGGGUUCUUCCUAUUUUGUCCACUUAUCACCAUAGCAACACAUAGCAAAGCACACUCUUCUAUUUCCAAUGUAAUUGUAUAAAGGCCUUUUCAUGAGAGCUGACACCUGUCUGACUGAGAGUGAUUAGAAAUGAAUAAUGUCUGUACCAACAAGAGUAGAUAUGUGUGUACAAAAUUAUGUCAGUGUAAGAUUUACUGCAAGCGUUUCCGUUUUUUUACUGCUGGAAUGUAACAUUUUUGUAAACGUACAAUUUUUCACAAUGUGAAAUCAAAGACAUUAAAUUGUGUUGCCAUUUC